UAUACCAGAAGCUUUUCUUUCCCUGACAGAACAUUAUAUCCCUAAAACCAAUUUAAACAGAUAAAUAGUGUCUGGCCUCAGUCUAUAGGAGUUUCUCUGGAAGCACCAUGUUAAGAAUUUGCAGCAGAACCCUGGUAAAGGUGGGGAUGGUGAAACCCUGUAGCUUGGAGAAAUUCUGUCAUUUAGCCAAACAAGUAUCAGCUACUCUUGUUGCUGGCAGAAGCCUGUCUCAGCAGAGUGGACUCCCCAGUCUGCCUGUCCCACCUCUAAAACAAACCUGUGAGAUCUACCUCAGCAUGCUAGAGCCUAUUGUGGAGGCAGAUGAACUGAAGCACACAAAAAAGUUAGUGGAGGAGUUUCUGAAAGAUGGAGGGGUUGGAGAGAGACUGCAGAGAGGCCUGGAGAGGAAAGCAUGCAGCACUGAGAACUGGUUAACAGAGGAUUAUGUGAAGUUUGAGUAUCUGGACAGCCGGAAGCCUCUGGUGGUUUUUUCAAACAUUGGGUCAGUUCUUCCCCCAAGGGACAUCAGGGAUAAGCAAGGACAAAUAAGGUUUGCUGCUGAUUUCACAACAGCUUUAUUGAAUGUAAAGACAAUGAUUGACAAUGAGACAUUACCAGUUGAGUACAUGGGCGGAAAGCCGCUUUGUAUGAAGCAGUACCAGCAGGUGAUGUCAUCCUGCCGUAUCCCUGGUCUGAAGACAGACUCACUGGUUUUCCACGGCAAGAACUCCAAACACAUCACUGUAGUACACAACUGCCAGUUCUUUGUGCUGGACGUAUACAACAGUGAUGGGACUCUACUGACAGCUGAUCAGCUCUAUGUUCAGCUGGAGAGGAUCUGCAACUCCUCACCACAGACCAACAUGGAGCCUGUUGGCAUCCUAACCACCCAGCAUCGUGACAUCUGGAGCAAAACCUACAUGAACCUCAUCAAGGAUAAGACCAACAAAGAUUCAGUGUCGGCUAUCGAAAGCAGCAUCGUCACCUUGUGUUUGGAUAAAGCAAUGCCCCGUGUGCCUGUUGAGAUGUAUCGUAACAGUGCCAUUCUCCAGAUGUUGCAUGGAGGAGGCAGCCAGUGCAACACUGGAAACCGUUGGUUUGACAAGGGGUUGCAGAUAAUUGUUGGAGAAGACGGGAUUUGUGGUGCAAAUAGCUCACAUGCUGCUGCUGAUGGUACAGUCUGUAAUGGAUUGGGUGACCAUGUUGUAGCAUACAUGAAAAAGCCAAAGACUGUUCAGUCUCCCAUGCAGCCUUUGCCCAUGCCACAGAAACUACACUUCAACAUCACAGCUGACAUCAAGAAGGACAUUGAAGAGGCGAAACAGCACAUUGACAAAAUGGCCCAAGACCUGAAUCUGAGGGUUACAGUGUUCGAGCACUUUGGAAAAAAUGUCCUUAAAGCCCAUAAGAUGAGCCCCGAUGCCUUUGUACAGAUGGCUCUACAGCUGGCCUUCUACAGGAUGUACCAGCAUUGCUGUGCAACAUAUGAACCUGCCUCCCUGCGUAUGUUCAGACUGGGCCGCGUAGCUGCAAUCCAUUCAAACUCAAGUGCCUCAGCUGCCUUUGUCAAGGCUUUUGACAACCCCCAAAAAAAGAACGCAGAGAAGGUUGCUUUAUUGGAGCAAGCUAUAAAAGAACACAAAUGGUACACAAAAAUGGCAAUCAGUGGCCAAGCCAUAGAAGGUCACCUACUGGGUCUUAAGAAGCAGACUUUUGAGGAAAAAAUCCCCAUGCCUGAAAUUUUCACAGACACCUCCUUUGCUAAAGCAUUUAACUAUCAGAUCUCUACAAGUCAGGUAAUAUCUACGACUGGAUGUCUACCAUGUGUUGGACCUGAAAAGCCCAGGAUAUACGACGUGUGCUACAGUGUCCUGAGCGAUCACAUCAGCUUAAUAGUAUCCCGCUUGGAACCUUCCAAUACUUGCAAAGAAAAUAAUGCAAAAAAUGUGGAACAUCUGAUCCAAGCCAUGGUGAAUGCACUACUGGACAUGAGGUCAAUGCUGGAACUCCAAGAGAAAAACGCUGAAGCUAAUCCAAACUUAAAGCAAUAGUUUGACAUUUUGUGAAAUUUGUAUGUCUAAAUGUCUCCAAAGUCUCCAAAGG